GCGGCGCCGGCCCGGGAGGCGGCGGCGGGCGGCGGGCGCGCGGCCCUAGCGAGGCUGCUGGGGCGGCGGCGGCGGGCGUCGUCCGUGAGGAUGCUGUCCCGCAAGAAAACCAAAAACGAGGUGUCCAAGCCGGCCGAGGUGCAGGGCAAGUACGUGAAGAAGGAGACGUCGCCCCUGCUGCGGAAUCUCAUGCCUUCAUUCAUUCGGCAUGGUCCAACAAUUCCAAGACGGACUGAUAUCUGUCUUCCAGACUCAAGCUCUAAUGCUUUCUCAGCUUCUGGUGAUGGAGUAGUUUCUAGAAACCAGAGUUUUCUGAGAACUCCAAUUCAAAGGACGCCUCACGAAGUAAUGAGAAGAGAAAGCAACAGACUGUCUGCACCUUCUUCUUCCCUUGUCAGGAGCCUAGCAGAUGUUCCUCGAGAGUGUGGCUCAUCACAGUCCUUUUUAACAGAAGUUAGUUUUGCUGUUGAAAAUGGAGACUCUGGUUCCCGAUACUUUUAUUCAGAUAACUUUUUUGAUGGUCAGAGAAGGAGGCCACUUGGAGAUCGUGCACAAGAAGACUACAGAUAUUAUGAAUACAACCAUGAUCUCUUCCAAAGAAUGCCACAGAAUCAGGGGAGGCACACUUCAGGUAUUGGGAGAGUUGCUGCUACAUCUCUUGGGAAUUUAACUAACCAUGGUUCUGAAGAUUUACCCCUUCCCCCUGGCUGGUCUGUGGACUGGACAAUGAGAGGGAGAAAAUACUACAUAGAUCAUAACACAAACACAACUCAUUGGAGUCAUCCUCUUGAACGAGAAGGACUUCCUCCUGGAUGGGAACGAGUAGAGUCCUCAGAAUUUGGAACCUAUUAUGUGGAUCACACAAAUAAAAGGGCUCAGUACAGGCACCCCUGUGCUCCCAGUGUACCUCGGUAUGAUCAGCCUCCUCCCAUCACAUACCAGCCACAGCAAACUGAAAGAAAUCAGUCCCUCCUGGUUCCUGCAAAUCCUUAUCAUACUGCAGAAAUCCCUGACUGGCUUCAGGUUUAUGCCCGAGCCCCUGUGAAAUAUGACCACAUUUUGAAGUGGGAGCUCUUCCAGCUAGCUGACCUGGACACCUACCAGGGAAUGCUGAAGUUGCUCUUCAUGAAGGAACUGGAGCAGAUUGUUAAGAUGUACGAGGCCUACAGACAGGCUCUUCUCACUGAGUUGGAAAACCGCAAGCAGAGACAGCAGUGGUAUGCCCAGCAUCAUGGCAAGAAGUUUUUAAGUUAACUUUAUCACAAGUUUUGUAAGAGCUUUAAAAGUUUCAGAUAAAUGACUGCAAACAAGUACUUUGGUUAAUAAAGGCAAUUUACUAUUUGGAAUUAUAAAA